GAAGCAACAACUUUAUAUGGCUCAUGUCUGACAACAUGCACCACCAGUGGCUGCUGCUAGCUGCAUGCUUUUGGGUGAUAUUCAUGUUCAUGGUUGCUAGCAAGUUUAUCACAUUAACUUUCAAAGACCCAGAUGGCUACAGUGCCAAGCAAGAGCCACUGAUACUGACAGCUGUGACAAAAGUGGAGGAGGUACAUGUGCCAGAGGAAAAACAUUGGCCUGAAGAACUCCAGCCAACUGGAAAAGCUUUUUCUGGAAAUCUGAUCCGCCAGCCCCUGGUUCAUAUGGAAAGACUUGAGCUUCUCAGGAAUGUCUGCAGGGACACUGCAUUGAGAAAUCUCUCUCACACUGCAGUUUCCAAAUUCGUCUUGGAUCGAAUAUUUGUAUGUGACAAGCACAAGAUCCUGUUUUGUCAGACGCCAAAAGUGGGCAACACUCAGUGGAAAAAAGUCUUGAUCGUUUUAAAUGGAGCAUUUUCUUCCAUAGAAGAGAUCCCAGAAAAUGUUGUACAUGAUCAUGAGAAGAACGGCCUUCCACGCUUGUCCUCCUUCAGUGACUCUGAAAUUAAAAAACGACUGAAUUUGUACUUCAAGUUUUUUAUUGUUCGAGAUCCAUUUGAGAGACUUAUUUCUGCAUUUAAAGACAAGUUUGUGCACAACCCUCGGUUCGAACCUUGGUACCGGCAUGAAAUUGCUCCUGGCAUCAUUCGCAAAUACAGGAAGAACCGCACAGAGACCAAAGGGCUGCAGUUUGAGGAUUUUGUGCGCUAUCUGGGGGACCCUAAUCACCGCUGGCUGGAUGUUCAGUUCGGGGACCACAUCAUUCACUGGGUAACGUACGUGGAGCUCUGCGCCCCCUGUGAAAUCACCUACAGUGUGAUCGGACACCACGAGACCCUGGAGGACGAUGCUCCGUACAUCUUGAAGGCAGCUGGCAUAGACCACCUGGUGUCGUACCCCACGAUUCCACCAGGCAUAACAGUGUACAACAGAACAAAAGUAGAGCGGUACUUUUCGGGAAUUAGCAAGAGGGACAUAAGACGCCUCUACGCCCGGUUUGAAGGUGAUUUUAAACUCUUUGGAUAUCGGGAGCCAGAUUUCUUGCUUAACUGACACCUAGGAUAAGCUCGGAAGUGUCUCGUCGAUGAAUUUAAACCUGCGUGAAUACCAGCUGCAACACUGACAGAGCUGAGAAUGACCAUUUGUCUUCUAGCUUUUUGAUGUUGCUCCGUUUUUCAGUGAAAUAUUUGUCAUAAUGAACAAGUCGGGGCUUAUAGUUGUUGUUUGCUGACCAUGUUUUCUGUAUGUGACAUUGCAAUCUGUUAGGAAUUAAGUGUCUGUUACCUGAAAUACAGAAUUCCACUCCUACCCUGUUCCCCUCAGGAAAAAAAAGGGGAAGGAGGAAUAGGCUAUGAUCUUUCUCUCCCAGACAGAAUGCCUUUUUUAAAAUGCUGUGAAGUUAUAAAGAUGGCAAUUUCACUGUAGGUUAACUGUGAUAUGGGUGAACUUCGUGAUUCAUGCUCAUGAGAAGGGCAUGCAGUCUCCCAUGAGCUUUGAAAAGGAAAGGCCAGUACAGGACUAAAAAUUGAUUAAAUGCUUGACAAAUAAAAUAAUCUAGGCUGCUGUAAUAACAGUAAUGCUGAUCUAAUCCCAUUUUUGUUUGUCACGAAAUGAACCUAAUUAGACAGAAGCUUUAGAGUUGUUAAAAAAGAGACUGGUUCCAGAGUCCAGUUGUCUUUGUGUUUUUGUCAAGUGUUCACUGUACUUGCUACUGGUCCAUUGAGCCUCAUAAUUCUCCUUUGAUUUUCAAAAUAUGAUUUAACUCCUGGCUUUGUAAGUUAUCUGAGAACACCAGAUGCAAAUGGAGCAUAGAAGAAACAUGAAACUCCUAGGGAAACUUUAAGGAAAAUUAAUUUAAAAUAAAUUAUUAAUUGUAUUUGUGGGAGCACAUAUAGAAGUCACAAGAUGUUCCCACAAAAUUUAACUUGUUUUGUCUUCUAACAGUUAAGAUAAUAAAAGAAGCCACAAAAGCAGGAUGUCAUAU